CGGUGUCGGCGCGCCACGCUGGCGUCUACGUGUGCACCGUGCUGGGACCCGCCGGCAGCACCAGCCACCGCGCCAGCCUCCGGGUGCGCGAGCGGCCACGGAGGAGCGGGGAGGGACGACGAUGGUGGUGAUGACGGUGGCGGUGAGGCGACGACAACAUCACCGCGUGCACCGCCGGCGACGACGAUGAAGACCACGACGGCAGCGACCGUGGGGAUGCUGCGGUUGUUGUCGCCGCCGCCGCCAUCGAUAGCGCCACCGCCACCGCCAGUCGUGCCAAUGGUCAGUUCGUCACCGCCACCACAAGCACAGCCGGAACUACCAACAGCCGGGUUGUCAUCAGCUGCAGAGGUGGCGGCCAGACUCUCAUCGCUGCUACUCGCUCUCUCGGCGCCACCGCCGCCGCCGCCGCCGCCACCACCGUCGCGACGAACUCCAGCGGCAACGGCAACUGGACGGCCAACAUCGCCAACCUCCAGCCUCUCCGGGCCUCCAUCAACAUCGCCACCAAUCACCAGCCUCUCAGCGCCAACACCGCCAGCAGCAGCGGCGGCGGCGGCACCGGCACGAACAUCACAAGCGUCACUGGCUGCACCACCACCACCACCACGCCGCGCAACCUCACCUCCCGCCCCACCUGGGCCGUCCAUCCCGGCUGGCCCCAGCCAUCGCGAGCUGCCACCGUGCCCCACGCUCUCCGCGGUCACUUUGCCGUCGGCGCCGCCAGCGACUCACGGCGGCACCGCCGCCGCCGCGGUGACGGGACCGCCACGGCGCAGACCGCCCGCGUCAGCGAUCGAGGCCACCACCACGACGCGGCGCUUGUCCCCGCCGGAGGAACCUGACGACCCUCGUCCUCCACCGGUGCUCUCGACUCCACCACCUCCACCACCUCCACCGCCACCACCUCCACCACCGCCGCCGCCACCACCGCAACCGUCAUCAUCGUCGCCGCCACGGACAUCUCCGGUGACCGGCCGCGGUGUCGCCGCGGCCGACGCUGGCGGGGCUCCGGACGGGCGGCGAAGUGGAGCGGCGGCCGUCCCCGGCUGCGGCCGUGGGCGGGUGGCGGCUGCUGGAGCCGCAUGACGUGCCGGUGGUGGUGGGCUCCUCCGUGUCACUGCUGCUCAUCUUCCUCGUCAUGGGAUUCUACUCCGUGCGGCAGCGCUGGAGGGAGCGCAAGUGUGCAGCGACCCGACCCACUGCAAGGGGGGCCCUCGCCCCGUCAGCUGGAACCGACAACAGGGGCUUUGACUCGAGCGAGGCGGUGGAGGAGGCAACGGAGCACAGCUGCCUGGAGCCGCAGGCAGUGGCAGCAUGGACUCAUCGCCAGAGAGACGCACGGUAUCUGGGACAGGAGUCGAACCGAGACCGGACCCCGCACGGCUCCCCAGAGUUGCCGAGGAGCAACCUGUAAGAAUGGGAAGCUUCGUGUCGUCCCCAGCUUCAGUCACACCACAUGACAGGCACAUGGACACACACCGGGUUUCCAAUUGGACGUAGAACCUCCUCCGCUUAUCUAGAGACUUCAAUGUCACAGCUAUCAGAGUGAUUUUCAUCGUAAAGGGUCGAGUCAGCGCCUCAUUCUGACCGCAAGGAAUCAGGGGACUGUGGUAUUGAUGAGCUGUGUAUGACCCACGGCCUUUGAUCUACGAUGAAAACAAAGCGUGAUCGAAAAUUGUUCACGACGCUAAUCGUAUAUCUCUUUCUCUAGUAUUUCUCCGCAUUCCUCUAAUUUUGCUGGACAAAUACGAUGCAAUUUGCAUUGUAUUUGAGAGUCAGCAAGAGUUUUGUAACAUUAACAAAAAUUCAACUCACAUGUAAGGGACAAAUGGGGUCUUUGGCUGGGGUGUGGGUGGUGAGUGGUUAAACUGUGAAAUUAAAUAAGACAUUUCUCGGGUGAUAAAAAUAUUUCUCAUUCGAUGCAUCCCAAAUGCAUCUUUCAUUGUACUGCUCCAAGAGGGGCUCUGGUCGUCAUCAUGAAGCCGCCCCACCGCUACCCACACUUUCCCCACCCGCCCUCGUACCUCUGCAGUGCACGUACUCCACUACCCAUUUUCUACACAGAAAGGCUUGGGGCCUAAAGAGGAAGGAGCGAGGCCUACACAACAAGGCUUGGGGCCUCUAGAGGAACGGGCGAGGCCUACACAACAAGGCUUGGGGCCUCUAGAGGAACGGGCGAGGCCUACACAACAAGGCUUGGGGCCUCUAGAGGAACGGGCGAGGCCUACACAACAAGGCUUGGGGCCUCUAGAGGAACGGGCGAGGCCUACACAACAAGGCUUGGGGCCUCUAGAGGAACGGGCGAGGCCUACACAACAAGGCUUGGGGCCUCUAGAGGAACGGGCGAGGCCUACACAGAAAGACUUGGGGCAUAAAGAAUAACGAGCGAGGCCUACACAACAAGGCUUGGGGCCUCUAGAGGAA